GUUUGUGCAUUAGUAGCACAAUUUGUAACUUAUUUACAUUCGUUUAUACUUACACUUGUAUGUUGACUUUGAGGUUUUAAGUUUUUGGCGGCGUUUCAGGUCCCGAAGUGAACAUAAUUGUACACUCGCAAACUCCAUUAAAAACUAGGGCUGAGGGGCUGACGUUGCAAACUUCCCUUGCUUAGCUAAUCAUUUGGACCGACUACAAAUAUUGCCGCGGGGAUUCCCCCAAAGCAUGAGGCCGAGGGUAAGUGUGUCUUUUAUGAGUUUGAAACACAGCCAAGCUAGCAAGCGCACACAUUUUCUUCAAGAAAUGUUCCUUUCUAGUUGGCAAUGGGCGUAAGGAAAGCGAGAGUACUGUACUUGUGUUCCCGAKGGACUUCAAGUUGUUGAUCAACGAAAAUGACUCGUGGUUGUUUGUCAUCGUGAAGAAUACCGGAUCGUUGGAAAACAUUGAUAUUCCUGUAGCCUACUUUGUUACCCCUCCAAACGUGGAUGUGAGAUAUCUGACGCACAUUUAAAACAUCGAGCGCACAGGUUACCGAAUGGAGAUGGAUUUCCAAAGGCUGCUAUUGCGGGUGGAACAAGCCCUGAGCAGUGAAGAAGUACAAGCACUUGCAUUUCUUUGCAAAGAUCUGCUUGAGAAAGACUGUAGCUCAGUGCCCACAGCAAGUAAACUCUUCUCUCUUCUGACGGAACAAGAACUGUUAACCCCCGAUCAGCUUUACUUGCUUGCUGAUCUACUAUGCACCAUCCAGCGCCACAGCUUGAUGCAAGAGCUUGGCCUCAACAACCAGCUUCCAACAACCAGCAGCCUCAUCUCUCCUUAUAGAAAGCUGCUGUAUGACUUGUCAGAGAACACCACUGAAGACGAGUUGAGAGAGAUUAAGUUCCUAUUGGUUAACAUACUCCCUCGUAGGAAACUGGAGGACAACGUGACUACCUUGCAAGUAUUCCUGGAAAUGGAGAAAAUUGAUAUUUUGAGCGUUAUAAAACUAAACAUAGUUGAAAGUAUAUUUGGAAGUGUCUGCCCCAUGUUGAAAACAAGAAUCAACCAGUUUAAGACACGGCAGGGGCCAGUAAACCAAAAAACAGGGGUGGGAUUGUUAAGACCAAGGUCUUCUUCUGCAUGUCUUCCAGAAAACCAGGCUGUCUCCAUGCUUCCAAGGAGACCUGUGUCAUGUGGACUAUCAGUCGAACAACGUGGACAUUCUGACACGAUGUUCUUUCCCUCUUCGUACUUCUCUUCAGCUUCACAGCCUUCAACUGAGGUGUCCACUCUGAAUCCAGCUGACACCGCUCUGGAUGUUCGGAGGGUCUCAGAUACAGCGGAUGCAGUACUUUCACAUAGGCUGGGUCUCCUAAGUACCAGUGGGGACAACGAUGCUGCUCUCAGCCAAGAGAAUCACCAUGUUUCAUCCGUACCCUCAUGUGGACACCAUAAGAACUUUGACCCUGCAAAUCGUCAGACAGGAAACACCACAAAAGAGGAAGUGGGAGAAUAUGCCAUGACAGGACGAAAGAGAGGUUACUGUCUGAUAAUUAACAACUACAACUUCAAAAAUUCUCCAAAACUCCUAAACAAUAGAGAGGGAACACAGGUUGAUGAAAGCAGUUUGGUGAGUGUGUUUGAGUGGCUGGGCUUUGAAACGCAGAUUGAGCCAGACUGCAGCCGGGAGCAGUUACUGUCUCUAGUUGCAGAGCUCCGCAGUCGUGACCACAGCCAGAUGGACUGCCUGGUGUGCUGCGUUCUGAGCCACGGGCUGGAGGGAUGUGUUUAUGGGGUGGAUGGGCUGAAGGUCAGAGUCAGGGAGCUCACAAAGCCCUUCUCUGGACUGGAGUGCAGCUCACUGAGGGGAAAGCCCAAACUGUUCUUUAUCCAGGCCUGUCAGGGCAUCAAGGAACAACAGCCAGUGUUCAUCCAGUCCGAUUGCCCAGGCGCUGAUGGCUCUACUACCACCAGCUCUAUCUGCACUGAUGCAGUUGUACCCAGAGACUCCAUUCCCUCUGAUGCCGACUUCCUUCUGGGCAUGGCCACCGUCCCUCACUUUGCCUCGUUCAGAGACAAGAGGCAGGGCACUUGGUUCAUCCAGUCGUUGUGCCAGAACCUCAUCAACAUGGUUCCCAGUGGGUAUGACUUGCUGUCCAUCCUGACCAAGGUGAACGAUGAUGUCAGCAGUAAGAGUGAUAACCAUGGCACCAGGAAGCAGAUGCCCCAGCCUGCAUACUCACUCAGGAAGAGGCUGGUCUUUCCCAUCCCAAAAGACCCUCCUCCGAGACUACACCUCCCAGAAUACACCUCCCCGACUACGUGAGCGACAAAUUUUGGCUUGAGAGCACUAGAGCAGAGGGGUUUAAAUCUGGUCCUUAUACUUUCCCACCAAAUCAGGGACUGAUUCAGACACUAUAUGUGUAGACUCACCAACAAUAUAUACACCCUCUGGGAUCACUCAGGUAGAAGGUGCAGGUUUACAUUUUGUUUUAUACCUCGCUCUGUUUUAUUUACAGUACCAGUCAAAAGUUUGGACACACCAACUCAUUCCA